CAAUCCCGCUUCCCUCCCCACCCUGCAAUGGCAGAAGAAACUCGACAGAGUAAAUUGGCCUUAGCCAAGAAAAAGUUAAAAGAAUAUUGGCAGAGAAACAGCCCUGGUGGUCCAGCAGGAGUGACGAAGAACAGGAAAACAAAUGGCAGUAGCCCUGAGACAGCCACUUCUGGUGGUUGCCACUCAACUGGGGAUUCAGCAACAGGUAUCGACGGAGAGGGUCCGACGUCAUCGGCACCCCUCAAGGAUCUGGAGAGCCCAUCCCAAGAACUAGCAGCAGCCCUGGAGUCAAGGCCGGUCAAAAUCAGUCUACUGAAGAACACCAUCAAAUCUUUGAAACAAGAGAAGAAACAAGUGGAACAUCAGCUGGAAGAAGAAAAGAAGGCAAACAAUAAGAAACAGAAAGCUGAAAGGGAGCUAGAGGUUCGAGUCCAGAGAUUGAAUAUACAGAAGGGGAAACUAAGUACGGACCUGUAUCACAUGAAACGCUCUCUCAGAUACUUAGAAGAGGAGUCCAAGGAUCUGGCUGGCCGCCUACAACAUUCAUUGCAGCGUAAAGGAGAGUUAGAGCGGGCUCUCUCUGCUAUCACCGCCACACAGAAGGAGGAGGACAGAUCCUCGAGCCACAGGAAAGCACGUAUGGAGUGGAAGUUAGAGCGGUCCAUACAGGAGCAGGCACUGCUGAAAGCACAGCUGACACAGAUGGAGGAUUCACUUAAACAAGUCCAGCUAGAGAGAGAUGAAUAUGUGCAACAUCUAAAAGGAGAGAGGGCCCGGUGGCAGCAGAGGAUGAGAAAAAUGUCGCAGGAGGUUUGCACCUUGAAGAAGGAAAAGCAGCAUAAUAUGCGUCUGGUAGAGAAGCUGGAGAGGCGCUUGUCCAAACUCAAAAACCAGAUGGCUGAACCUCUGCCCCCGGAGCCCCCAGCAGUGCCCCCUGAGGAGGAGCUGCAGCACCUGAGGAAGGAACUAGAGAGAGUGUCAGCAGAGCUCCAGGCCCAGGUGGAAAACCAUCAGCACGUAAGUCUCCUGAACCAGGCACAAAAGGAGAGGCUUCGGAGGCAGGAGGAGAAGCUUCGGGAGCAGGAGGAGAGGCUUCAGCAGCUGGCCAAGCCACAGAGCGGCGUCGAGGAGCUGAACAACGAGAACAAGAGUGCACUGCAGGUGGAGCAGCAAGCAGAGGAGCUACUGGAGAAGCUGGGCAAGGAACACCUGGAGGCUGCCAGCCAGCAGAAUCAGCAGCUAACGGCCCAGCUGCGCCUCAUGGCUCUCCCUGGGGAAGGAGAUGGAGGAGGACAUCUGGACAGUGAGGAGGAGGACCUGGACAGCUGGGAGGCCAUGAGCGGCUUUAUGGACCACCGGGAGGAGAUGGCGGACCUGAGUGAGCUGGUGAAGAAACAGGAACUUUGUUUCAUCCAUUACUGGAGGGAGAGAUGCCAUCAGAAUGUUCGUCAGCUUAUAAUAGAAGCAGGGGGCAGUGCCGAAGAUGCAGCAAUGGGAGGAGGACAUCAUCAGGCUGGUCCAGCACAGGGAGGAGAUGAAGGUGAAGCUGCUGGCGCUGCAGGAGAUGCUGUUACGGCUUGCAGCAAGUACAACAACAAGCACAGCAAUUUCCUGGCCGCUGCCCAGAACCCUGCUGAUGAGCCCAGUCCAGGAGCCCCAGCCCCCCAGGAGCUUGGGGCUGCCGACCAGCAUGGUCAUCUUUGUGAGGUGAGCCUCACUGACAGCGCCGAGCCUGCGCAAGGAGAGGCCAAGGAGGGUUCUCCCAACGACAACCCUACUGCACAGCCCAUCGUGCAGGACCACCAGGAGCACCCAGGCUUGGGCAGCAACCGCUCUGUGCCAUUCUUUUGCUGGGCUUGGCUGCCGAGAAGAAGGAGAUAA